ACAUUGUUGUGCUCUCUUCAGGUUUUGGGAUGGAGCCCUUGGGGACAACCUCCGUUCUGCUGCUCGUCUGCAUCUCCUGCCUCCUCCUUUCUGCCUUCUGGAAGAGCCAGGCCAACAAGAGGACGAAAAUGCCCCCCGGACCGACUCCAUUGCCCAUCAUCGGGAACGCUCUGCAGCUCAAGACCAACCACCUGGACCUGACGCUUUGCAAGCUGAGUGAGAAGUAUGGCUCCGUCUUCACCCUGCAUUUCGGAACGAAGCCCGUUGUGGUGCUCCACGGCUACAAUGCCGUCAAAGAAGCCCUGAUUGAUCAGGCCGAGGACUUUGCUCCCCGAGGGAGGAUGCCAUUAGUAGAGAAAUACUUUCGAGGCCAAGGGAUCAUAUUCAGCAACGGGGAGAGAUGGAAGCAGCUCCGGCGCUUUGCCCUGACCACCCUCCGCAACUUUGGGAUGGGGAAGAAGAGCAUCGAGGAGAGGAUCCGAGAGGAAGCCCAGUAUCUCCUGGAGCGGCUGCAGGGCACAAAAGAGCAGCCCUUCGACCCCACUUUCCUGCUCAACUGCGCUACUUCCAACAUCAUCUGCUCCAUUGUCUUUGGAAAGCACUACGACUAUGACGACAAGAAGUUCCUCGCCAUCAUGGCCUUAAUGAAUGACAACUUUGAGAUCCUUAGCUCCCCUUGGGGCCAGCUGGCCAACACUUUCCCUUCCUUCAUGGAUUGGAUCCCUGGGCCUCAUCACAGAGUGGGGACAAACUUGGAGAAAUCCAAAGCGUUUGUCAUGGAGGAAAUGGAGGCCCACAGGCAGACCCUGGACCCCAGCUCCCCUCGGGAUUUCAUUGACUGCUUCUUUAUCAAAAUGGACCAGGAGAAGAACAACGAGCCAUCUGAGUUCACCACCGAAAGUCUGCUAAUGUCCACCAUUGACUUAUUUGGGGCAGGGACUGAAACGACCAGCACCACCCUCAGAUAUGGGCUCCUGGUCCUCCAGAAGUACCCAGAGAUAGAAGAGAAAGUGCAAGAGGAGAUUGACCGGGUGGUUGGCCGCUCACGUCUUCCUUGCAUGGCUGACCGUGGACAGAUGCCCUACACGGACGCGGUCAUCCAUGAGAUCCAGAGGUUCAUUAGUCUUGUCCCGUUGAGUCUUCCCCAUUCAGUGGCCAAAGACACGCUGUUCAGAGGAUACAUCAUCCCCAAGGACACCUCAGUGUUUCCUCUUCUGACUUCGGUGCUGCACGACGGCAAGGAGUUUCCCAACCCCACAGAGUUUGACCCACAGCAUUUCCUGAACAAGGAUGGGACCUUCAGGAAGAGUGACUUCUUCAUGCCCUUUUCUGCAGGGAAGCGGAUCUGCGCAGGGGAAGGCCUGGCCCGCAUGGAGCUCUUCAUGUUCCUCACUUCCAUCCUCCAGAACUUCAAGCUGAAACCCCUCAUGGACCCCCAGGACAUUGAUAUCAAGCCCCACCUGAGCGGCAUUGGCAACAUCCCCCAGCCCUAUCGGCUCUGUGUUGUGCCCCGAUGAAGGGGUUGCAUCAGCCACCAUCCAUAGGUGCAGAAGGUCAGAGGAUAAGGGAUGAAUGAAAAAAUAUUCCACAGAAUUUGUCAUAAAUAAAGCUAAAUGCAUUAUUGGCAGAGCAGGGAGAAGGGUCCGAACUGUCACCUCUGCCUGGUGAUCACAUUUCCUACAUAUUAGCUAGUUGAGGGCUUUCACGGGAAGCACAAAACCCUGUGAGCAACAUGAACUUGUUCUUCUGCCAUUUGGGAAGCAGUUGACUUUUCAGGCUUUUCUGGGGCCGAGAGUGUGACCCAGGGGAUUCCCAAAGCUGAGCAGAUUUCCAAAGACACAUCCCAGUGCGCAAACCAGGGCAGCAUGCUGCCUUUUGAAGAGUCUUUUCCCUGCACAUUGCAGCUCCUCAAAGCCUUCCCCUCUUCUUCUGGUGUGUAUAUCUGGGAAGGGAUUAUAUUCCCUUUAUUUGUUCACCUCUUUCUUUUUCAUAGCGACCGUUAUGGCUUCACAUGGCUUAACUCCAAAUCUGAGUGAGCAUUUCUCCAACCCCUUGCCAUGCCACUAGAUGGUCACCUGGUUUCUUCCAACUCUGUGAGUCUAUGAUUCUCCAGUCUGAGCAAUUGCACUUUAUUAGCUGCUAGUGUUUGCAUUUUGCAUGUAUUGUUUGACAUUUAUGGAACUCUUCCAAAGCAUUUGUUAUUUCCCAAUGCAAUUGUUGUGUGUGUCUUGAUUGCUGCAUGAUCAAUAAAAUCCCUGCUUUGGAGACCUCUA